AUGUUGAAGGAGCAGGGUGAGGAGCUGGCGACCGUGAAGGCUCGACUGACCGCGAAGGAGGAUGCUCUUGCGGACGUGCAGGGUCAGUAUACUUUGCUCUUUCGGACUCUGUAUGGAGCGAUGUUGUCUUCCUCGGUGAAGGAGGUCUCCCUUCGCCGAUCUCCGGCUCCUGCUGAGGAUGAGACGGAGGAGGAGAGGGCUCUCUUGACCCGGGCGGAUUUGAUCCAGUACAUCAGAGUCUUGGGGGGAGAUUGUGUCGCUGCUGCCGAGGACACCUAUAAUUCUACGGUGGCCCAGCUUAAGUUGAAGAAUCCUGGGGUGGAAUUGGUGACCGCGGGUACUGGACCGUAUCAUCGCUUGGAAGGGGACCACAUCGUUUCUCCAAACUUUGGGGAUAGGCCAGCGACUCAGGAAGCCGAGGAGGUGCAGAUGGAAGAAGGUGUAUGA